AUGGCAUCAAUUGAGAACAAGUCUGUUAUUUUCAAGUCCGUCCCGGUCGGAUACCCCACGGCCGACAACCUCCCCGUCGUCUCGAGCACGAUCCCAGCGUCCGCCCCCGAAGGCGGUCUGCUCAUCAAAGUGCUCACGAUCUCACUGGACCCCUACAUGCGUGGCCGCAUGCGCGACGCGUCAAAGAAGUCCUACUCGCCCGCGUUCCCGCUCGAUCAGCCCACGGCCGGCUUCGGCGUGUCCAAAGUGCUCGACUCGGCCGUCGCCGGGUUCGCAAAGGACGACCUCGUGGUCUCGCCCGUGACGAACCACGCGCAGUACAUGGCCGUCCCCGCCGCGCUGGUGGGGACGUUCAAGAAAGUCACGAACCCGUAUAACUUCCCGCUGUCGUACUUUGUCGGCGUGCUCGGCAUGCCCGGUCUGACCGCGUACACCUCGCUCGAGUACGUCGUCGGCCCGCUCAAGGCCGGCGAGACGAUCCUCGUUUCGGCGGCCGCGGGCGCGGUCGGCCAGAUCGUGGGCCAGAUCGCAAAGAAGCGCGGGCUGAAAGUGUACGGCACCGUGGGCUCGGACGAGAAGGUAAAGUACCUGACCGACAAGCUCGGCUUCGACGACGCGUGGAACUACAAGACCGAGACGGACUGCGUGGCCGCGAUCAACAAGCACAUUCCGCAGGGCAUCGACAUCUUCUUCGACAACGUCGGCGGCGACCUGCUCGACGCCGUGCUGGUUACCGCCAACGACUUUGCCCGCAUCGCCUGCUGCGGCCAGAUCUCGCAGUACAACGCGAAACCGGAGGAACUCUACGGCUACAAGAACCUCAUGGAGAUCGUCACCAGACGGCUCAAACUCCAGGGCUUUAUCGUCGGCGACCUUGUCCAGCAGCACCCGGACGUGCUCGGCAAGUUCUUUGCCGAGGUCUCGGGAUACCUCCACGACGGCUCGUUCGUCUACCAGGAGGACGUCGUCGAGGGGCUUGAGAAUUUCGCGGACGCGUUCGUGGGUUUGUUGAAGGGCAAGAACUUUGGCAAGUUGGUCAUCAAGGUUGCUGAUGAGUGA